GAACUUGUUGAUGGGCAUCUUGUUGACAGUAGAAGUGACUCAUCCAAAUAUAGUACCAACUGUUGAUAUCCAGUAUGAAGUCAUCGGAAAUUACUAUGCUUCUGAGAGGAUGGCUGAAAAUGCCUGUGUUCUAUUUGCUAUCUCCCUCCUCAUGUUCACAAUCAGUGCAAUGAUGGUGUACGGUGCAAUCGCACAUCGUGUAGGCUGGCUGAUCCCGUUUUUCUGUUACCAACUCUUCGACUUUGUGCUCAGCUGUCUGGUUGCUAUCAGUUCUCUAACCUACUUGCCCAGAAUCAAGGAUUACCUGGAUCAGUUGCCGGAUUUCCCUUACAAAGAUGACCUCCUUGCCUUGGACUCCAGCUGUCUCUUGUUUAUUGUUCUGGUGUUCUUUGCUUUAUUUAUCAUUUUAAAGGCGUAUCUAAUUAACUGUGUAUGGAACUGCUAUAAAUAUAUCAGCAACAGAAAUUUGCCAGAGAUAGCCGUGUACCCUGCUUUUGAAGCUCCUCCGCAGUAUGUUCUGCCAACCUAUGAAAUGGCAGUGAAGAUGCCUGAGAAGGAACCUCCACCCCCCUACAUACCUGCCUGAAGCAUUUUUUUAUGUUAAUUAACAUCUGUACCAGCUUCCUGGAGGUUUUGUCUUUUAAUCUCGCAAAACUGCUUAAGUAAUAGAAAUAUUCAGGGCUUUAGGAGCAAACUGUUCUGUUUAAAAUAUGUUUGAUAUAAACUUAGGGAAGCACAUCUGGGAGUGAUUUUGUUUGCUUUAAUUUUUGUUUCUCCUUAAUGCUCUUAAACAUUUUAUUGCCUUAGGGCCUUACACUGCAAGAACUUAUGCAUGUGACUAACUUGUGGCUUUUAACAAUACCAACUGAGCCAAUCUGUGAUUGAAGUUAGCUACAAUUAUAAGUGUCUGCAGGAUCCUGCCCUUAAUUUAUAUUAAUUUUUUUGUAAAGUAGUUCAUAAAGACAAUCUGAUCGUGCAGCAAAUGACAAUUUGCCUUCAUCCAUUUUUUGGAGGGGGAGGGUGUUUGAAUGUGGUAUAUACAUGAUUUUUUUUUUUUACUUUGCACUUUUCUCAUAUGUUAUCUUACCUUUAUUGUCGGGGUUUUUUUUUUGUUACCCUAUGUCUUGAAACAUAGUAUUUUUCUGGAAGAAGCGAGGGUGGCACAGGAGUUGUAUUACAGUGUGCUGCGAAUGCAAGAAAAACAAAUACAAAUGUGGAAGAUGGUUGCAUGCUUUUAAUCUUAUAUGUAUUUUCUUCUUUGUGAUAAAUGAUACUUAAAUAAAUCUUUUACAAAAUGUUUACCAGUA